GACCAGCUGAAGCACUGUUUUUCUAGGCGGGCACCUGAGGCCAAGGACACCGACACCCUCGUGCAAGAAGCCGACAGUCAGUAUGGGACGUGGAUGGAGCAUCACAGCGGAGAGAGUGCCCUUGUCUUCACAACAGAAGAGAAAUCUCCCAGGAGGGAAGAUUCAGAUGAGGAGGAGAAGCUGCCCAAGGCUGAGAGGACGCCCAUCAGCCAUCCCCAGAGGAUGCCUGCGUUUCCGGGUGUGGAUCCAGCCGUGCUCAAGGCUCAGCUGCACAAGUGGCAAGAGGUGGACAGUCCUGGUGAGACCCCCACCCGGGCCCCCCAGCCCAAGACGCCCAAGUCCCCUUUCCAGCCUGGCGCACUGGGCAGCCGUGUCCUGCCCUCCAGCGUGGAGAAGGAUGAGAGGUGGGUGUUCGUGUAUUACACCCAGUGUAAUGCAGAAACUGAGGCUCAGAAAUGGGACUGGAACCCCGAUCUGACCCUGUAUUUCAUGCUCAUCCCACUGUGUUGA